AUGACUGAUUAUUUAAUUAACUCCAAGACUCCUCAAGAGUAUGAAAAUGAAACUGAGGAUGACAAUGGAGAAAAUAACAAAUAAAGAGUUCUUUAUGAUUUAUAUGCUGUAUCAAAUCACUUCGGUGGCCUUGGAGGAGGUCAUUACACAGCUUAUGCUAAAAAUAAGCACACUAAAAAAUGGUAUAAUUUUGAUGACUCUCAUGUUGCUGAAACAAGUGAAUCUUAGGUGGUUACAAAAGCAGCCUAUGUUCUUUGCUAUUAAUUGAGAACUGACGAAUCUAUGAAUGUUUAAGGGUAGCAUGCUCAAACCAUUUAACAAAAUGAGUAGUAUAAUAAAUGA